AUGGCGGAGUUUGUCCAGUCACUGCAGAGCAAGAGAGUAAGUGCAAUGUCCGUGAACAUCUACAGUGUUUCUUGGACUUUUAUCGUGGAAGUUCCUCAAGAUUCACUCAAUGGAACUGUUGGUCAAUCUGUCCUUCUCUCUGUCACCUACAAACUCCAGGGACCAUUUGACUUUCCAUUGGCAAUUCAGUGGAAUUUCAGCAAUACCACCAAUGUGCUUGUCACCUACACAGGGACUAACUUCUCUGUCAGUGCUGAGGGGAUUCCCACCUGCCAUUCUGGAUAUGUUUUUAUACAUCCCUCAUAUCAAGGUCGCAUUAUAUUUUUCCCUGAAAAUGCUUCUCUGCUCCUUCAGAACCUGCGGCUCAUUGAUGGUGGAGUCUACACCGUCAACUUUAGACUACUGAAAAAAACUAGAAACAUUGCAUUAACUGUAUCAGCUCCUCAUUUUAACCAUGGAAACCCAGAGUCCAGCGAACCUACAGAAGAUAACAACCUCGCCAUCCCUGGGCACCCAGUAACCUACAUUGCUGGAGGCUGCUUUACUUUACUUUUUCUUCUGCUGCUGCUGUUGUGCUGCACGUGGUGCCGGGGUGCAGCUGGAUCACAAACAACCAGAAUUAUAAAGCAAGAGCAGGUCCAGAAUCCUGAGGACUCCCUUGUGGAAAGUACUCUGCAUUUACAAAGCACUUACAUGAACACUAGCGAAACCCAAGAACAUCCUUUGACCAGAUCAGAGCCACAGACUGAGUAUGCCACCAUUGGCUUCUCUGGACGAUAACCUAGCCUGACACUGACAGCAGCAGGUUUGGGGAGUGAGAAGUACGUGCUAUUCCAUUACCAAAGCCAUGUGAUUCGUGGUUCUGUUAGAAACAAAGGAAUUGUUCCUUUUCAGAAACAUGGAAACUGGAGGCAGUAAGGAAGGACUGAGGUCCCAUAAUACUCAGUCCCUGAAAUCACCCAGAACUGCCCAGACACUUUCACAGAUUUCCUAGG